AUCGACUUAGCAUUAACCAACUACUUGCUUAACUAGUAUUGGUUAGGACUUCUUUUACGAACAAAAUCACUUAUAGAAUAUGCAUAUUACCAAGUUUUUUGCGGCUUUUCUUGCCCUCGCUGGUGGAUUCUACACCAGUUCAGCAGACGUUCCUAAAGUAAAUAAAGCAGGAUUGCAGGAAUUACUGAAUGCUGAUAAUUUGUUCAUGACUAAAUUUUAUGCUCCUUGGUGUGGCCAUUGUAACGCAUUGGCCCCCGAGUACGAGUUAGCUGCCGAAGAAUUAGAGAAAGACAAUAUUUCUAUGGUUGAAGUUGACUGUACAGAGGAGACUGAUCUUUGUAACGAAUACAACAUCCGUGGUUAUCCUACUCUCACUGUAUUCAAAAACGGAGACGUUAGCAGUCAGUAUUCUGGUCCUCGUCGCCACGAUGCUCUUGUUAAAUACAUGAAGAAGCAACUACAACCCGUUGUCCAGAGCGUCAGCAAGGACAAUAUUGACACUUUUACUGAAUCCAGUGAAGACUUAGCUGUGGUUGGAUUUUUUGAUGACGAAAAACUUAACGCUACUUACACUGAUGUCGCUGAAAGCCUAAAGGAUGCUUUUGCUUUCGCUUCAUCCUCUGAUAAGGACUUUGCCAAAUCUUUAGGUGUUCCUUUCCCCGGACUUGUCGCUUUCACUAAGGAUCCUGCCCAAGAUUCCAACAAGAUAGUUUACAAGGGCCAAUGGCAAAAGGGAGACAUCGGAGACUUUUUGGGCUUCUCUAGCAUUCCUUUAUUAGACGAAUUAAACCAAAUGACUUUUAUGAGAUAUCACAGCAGUGGAUUACCCUUGGGUAUUAUUUUCUACAACAGUACUGAAUCUCGUGAUGAGUUAUACAACGUGUUUCAACCUCUUGCUAAGCAAUAUCAAGACACUGUCCGUUUUGCCUUCUUAGAUGCCUUGCGUUAUGGUGCCGUUGCUAAGCAAAUGAAUGUCGAGUCUAACUGGCCUGCUUUUGUUAUUACUCAUUUGGAUAAAUUCCUGAAGUUCCCUUACCCUAACUCCGACUUGACUAGCAAAAAUAUGGCUAAGUUUGUCAAGGAAUAUACCGACGGAAAACUUCAACCUAAAAUUAAGAGUCAGCCUGUCCCAGAAUCUCAGGGCGAUUUGACUGUGGUAGUCGCCGAUAACUACAAUCAAGUAGUUUUAGACUCCACUAAGGAUGUUCUCGUUGAGUUUUAUGCUCCCUGGUGCGGACAUUGUAAGAAUCUCGCCCCUACUUAUGAAUCUCUGGCUGAAAAGUAUGCCGAUAACAAAAAUGUGGUAGUAGCUAAGGUGGACGCCACCGAAAAUGAUCUUGACGUUUCUAUUUCUGGCUUCCCUACUAUUAUGCUCUUUAAGGCUAAUGAUAAGGAAAAUCCUCUUUUCUACGAAGGUGACCGUAGCUUAGAGGAUAUGUCAUCUUUUAUUGAAAAGCAUUCUUCUUUUAAGUCUACUUCUGAGGAUGAAACUGAAGAUGCCAGCGAAACGAAACAAACUGAAGAGGACACUUCUAAGGAAAGUGAAAAGGAAGAGGAGGCAUACAAUGAAUUGUAAGAGAUCCCGACUUUUUUAUUAUCGUCCUUUUUAGCUAUCUACUGUAUGUAACUAAUGGAUAACAGCAUCAUAAUGUUUAUAAUAAAGUUGUUUCUUAAUUCAAGUAGUUUUGGGAUGUAACUUAAGUAGUCGAAGGUCAGAG